AUACAUUAACAGAAAUAUUAUUAGCAUUAACGGGAGGAAUUUUAAUAUUUUUGAAUGGAAGAAAUAUAAAUACGUUUGUAGUACUACUCAAAUUAUUAGAUUUUGCUUCGAACGUGGCAUUUUUAAUAAAUACUAUAAAUACUGAUCCAGACUUAUUUUUUCCAAGUUUCGUGACGUUAGCAGUACCAGCAGUAUUUAAUCUUUUGCUUGUUCUUGGAGUAAUGAUGCAACAAACUCAACAAAUCAAUAAAAGUGAAUUUAGGGGUUGGUUAAGGAAAAAUAUUAUUAUGACAACAAUAAUCACAAUAUUAUCGAUGGUAGAUAUAGUAAAUAUGAAAUUACUCGUGGAUAUUACUAUAUUUGAUCCCCCAGUAAGAAAAUGGCUACUCGUGGCUGGAAUAUUCAAUAUCAUUAAAGAAUUGCCUCAAUUUGUUAUUCUUGUACAAUAUAUCAAGGAUGUAGGAUUAAAUAUGUUCAUUAUAUUGACAAUAUUUACAAGUUUUAUAAGUUUAUUAUUCAGUAUAAUCUAUGAAAUAUACGAGAAAUUAUCAUCUGAUUUAGAAGUGUCUCAUAUCGUUUAG